AUGGAUUUGAUUUCACAGAUAUGGGAGAUCGGUAGCCCAGAAAGCGCCAGGGAUUACCUGACGAGUCUUGCAAAAGAGCCAAUUCGUCUACAAAACUUUAUUAACAACAAGUUUCAAGACCAGUCAAAAGCAAGCAGCUGGAUAGAUUCAUUCGAUCCUCGAUCUGGAAAGCCCCUCGCUCAGAUUCCGCGCAGUACCACUUCCGACGUGGACCUCGCUGUAGACGCAGCCGCCAAGGCAUUUCCUUCCUGGUCCCAGGUUUCACGGCAAGAGAGAUCGAAUAUUUUGCUGCGCAUUGCGUCUGUAAUUUGCAGCAAAAAAGAGGUUUUUGCGACGUGGGAAAGCAUUGACCAAGGGAAAUCACUAGCUAGAGCCAAGGUUGAGGUAGAACGUGCAAUCUCCAACUUCCGAUACUUUGCGACGUAUAUUCUACAUGAUGAAGGAUCUGUCCGUUUUAUUGACGGCCAGUCAAGUACUCUAACAUACGAGCACCGGUCGCCCGUGGGAGUAUUUGGACUUAUUUCGCCAUGGAACAUGCCUUUAUAUCUCCUCACAUGGAAGAUUGCUCCCUGUAUCGCGUUUGGAUGCACAGGAGUAGCUAAACCUAGUGAAGUCACAAGCAUUUCUGCAUUUUUACUUGCUGAAGCGCUCCGACAGGCAAAUCUGCCUCCUGGAGUAAUGAAUAUCAUAUUUGGAGACGGCCCCAGGGCAGGCUCAGCACUCGUCAAGUGUCCCCGUGUGCGAGGAAUUUCGUUUACCGGUGGAACUAGUACUGGUAUUCAAAUUCGACGGGAAACAGUCACUGAUAUCGGCAAACACGUCUCACUAGAGCUUGGUGGGAAGAAUCCGACAUUGAUUUUUGACGACGUCAACUUGGCCCAAGCCGUUCCUCUUGCCGCAUCAGCUGCAUUUGAGAAUAGUGGCCAAAUUUGUUUGUGUGGUUCGCGAAUAUAUGUGCAGAGCAACAUCUUUGACAGCUUUUUAUCUACAUUUGUGGAAUACGUGAAGGAAAACUACCAACUUGGACAGACCAUCGGACCUGUCGUUUCGCGAGAGCAUUAUGCCAAGGUCAGGUCCUAUCUCAAACAUGCACAAGAAGAAGGUGCGGCUUUCUUCACCGGUGGGGUACCAGAAGAAGACCCUAAGCAUGGCUACUGGAUAGCUCCGGCCGUGCUUGGUAAUCUUCCUCAUGAUAGUCGGGUGAUGCGCGAGGAGAUUUUCGGACCUGUCGUUUCGAUUUGUUCAUUUGAGACGGAGGAAGAAGCAAUUCAACUGGCAAAUGAUAAUCCAAAUGGACUUUCCAGCGUUCUCCUGACCCAGGAUGUAUCUCGAAUGCGCCGAGUCGGAGAGCGAAUCGAUGCUGGAUUGGUGUGGGUUAACUGUUGGUUAGUACGGGAGUUGAGCACUGCUUUUGGAGGAAUGAAGUCAUCUGGAGUUGGUAGAGAAGGGGGCGCCCAUAGCCGGGAUAUUUUCACUAAUCUUCGCACGAUUCAUCUUCUCAUGUCGCAAAGCAUUCCAUACUUCCGCCCUGCCGCCCAUGCCCAAGGGCUGGCCAACUACCCACACGCGCGUACUGUGCAGUCUGCCGACGGAAAGGGCUCAUAUGUCUACGUUUCAGGAACUUCAUCUCGGCGCGGUGAUGGCACAUUUGUGGGUGCUACCGCAGCCGCCGAUGGCAUUAUUGCCUUAGACAUCCGACAGCAGACCGCAGCCGUGUUGUCCAACAUCGACGCAAUCAUCAAGGGGGCCUCGGAUGGCCGGGCAAGCAUUCACGAUACGGUCGACGCAACAAUUUUUCUCACGAACAUGAAGGACGAUUACACUGGAAUGAACUCCGAAUGGGAUAAAGUUUGGCCCGAUCGCAAUACAGCCCCAGCGAGAACAACAGUCGAGGUGCGAGCAUUGCCGAGGGAAGAGAUAAUUGUGGAAAUCAAAUGUACUGUUUAUUAUCCCCAUUAG